AUGCAAAGAGUAGUUUUCCAUAAUGAAAAACAUGAUUUUGAAAAUUAUUUAUGCACCUUAUUAUUACACAAAAGUAUUAGAAGAACUGGUUUUGCUGUUAGAGCAUUUAAUAUUGAGGUAGCAACUCUUCAAGAUCAAAUAAGUGAUAUGAAAAUUGGAGAAAUGCGGUUUAAAUUUUGGGAGUCAUCUUUGACUGAAAUAUACAAAAAUAAAAUCCCAAAACAUCCUGUACUCAUCGAACUUUAUACCGCAACCAAAACGCAAAAAUUAAGUAUAAUAUAUUUGAAACGGUUAAUUUCAUCUCGAGAAAAUUAUAUGUUAAAUUCAUCUCUGAAAACCAUUGAAGAUUUAGAGACUUAUGCUGAAAACUCCGUUUCACCAGUAUAUUAUUUGUUUCUAGAAGCAAUGGGGAUCAAAGAUAUGAAAGUUGAUCAUGCUGUAAGUCAUCUGGGUAAAUGUCAAGGAAUUAUAAACAUUAUCAGAGGUAUUCCUUAUAAUACAAAAUCUGGGCGUAUAUCAAUACCUCAAGACAUUUUGUUAAAAUAUAAAGUUUCCUAUGAAAAUAUUAUAAGAAAUUCAAGUGAACAGAAUGUACGUGAUGCAAUUUAUGAAUUAGCUUCAAGAGCUAAUAGUCAUCUAAUGAAGGCCAAAAGUUUGGAGAAGGAAGGAAAUAAACGUAUUAAAUCAAUAUGCUUACCAUUUGUUCCACUUCAUUUAUAUUUGGAAAAUCUUCGAAUAGCAGAUUUCAAUGUAUUUGAUAAACAACUACAAGAACGAAAUAACUUAUUACCUAUGAAACUAUUAUGGCGUAAAAUAGUUGGCUAA